AUGUGUAGGAAAUGUCCAAUUAAGGUUCAAGGGGUAGUAUUCUUAGCAAAUUUGAUGGAGUUGCCCUUUGAUGAGUUCGAAAUCAUCUUGGGUAGAUUAUCGUCAGAAUCGAUUAUUCUUAAAGGAUGUAGAAGCGUGAUAGACACUCGAUUAUCGGGUGUGCGACUGCAUAAUAUUCCCACAGUUAUGGAGUUUUCAGAAGUUUUUCCUGAUGAGUUAUUGGGUUUACCUCCAUGUCUUGAAGUUGAUUUUAGAAUAGAGGUUUAUCCGAGUAUUGAACCUGUUUAUAUGGCUCCGUAUCGGAUGUCUCCAACGGAGUUAAGGGAACUAAAGGCUCAAUUGCAAGAAUUACUCGAGAAAGGAUUUAUCCGACCCAGUGUCUCUAUGGGGAGCUCCGGUGCUAUUUGUGAAAAAGAAAGACAUGUCUAUGUUGCUUUGUAUUGA